CUUAUCACGUACUAUUAUCAUCAAAGAGAAGAAAAAAAAGAAAAAAAAUCAGUGAAAAAAAUAAUAAAGUGUGGAAGAAUUAAAUUCCUUUCUUCUCAUCAUCUUAUAAUACACAGAUCGAUCGAGUUAUAUUAGAACUAUAGGCCAAAAAAAAGACCAAGUCUUCGUGAUAAACGUGUGCCCCAAAAGUGUUCGACUCACCAAGACACAUAUAUAGAUAUUCCUUUACGUUUUACCCAAUUUGGCUCUUGAUUUGGGGUUGUUUUUUUUUCUUAUAACAGAGAAAAAUUGGAGCUUUGGGAUGAAAAACUGAUCAGAAUUGAGAUCAUCAUCAUGACAUGGUGCGACGAAUCAGAAGAGGAGAGAUCCAAUAUUCAGAUAAUCACAGCAGCAACAACAACAACUACUGAUGUUUCUGUUAUGACUAAUAAUAGUAAUAAUACCAACCAGUCAAGAAGUGUUAUAAUAUGUCCAUCUUGUGGUCACCAUAUACAAUUCCAAGACCAGGCGGGUAUUCAUGAUUUGCCGGGAUUACCAGCCGGAGUGAAGUUUGAUCCGACGGACCAUGAAAUACUCGAACAUUUAGAGGCAAAAGUUCACUCAGAUUCCGGUAAGCUUCAUCCACUCAUAGAUGAGUUCAUACCAACACUUGAAGGAGAAAAUGGAAUUUGCUACACUCACCCAGAAAAGCUUCCAGGAGUAAGCAAAGAUGGGCAAAUUCGCCACUUCUUCCAUCGACCUUCGAAGGCCUACACAACAGGCACAAGAAAACGUAGGAAGGUUAACACAGACGAAGAUGGAAGCGAAACUAGAUGGCAUAAAACAGGUAAAACAAGGCCAGUAUUCGUCGGUGGAGGAGUGAAGGGUUUCAAAAAGAUCUUAGUUCUAUACACCAACUAUGGUAGGCAAAGGAAGCCUGAAAAAACUAAUUGGGUUAUGCACCAAUACCAUUUGGGGAAUAAUGAGGAAGAGAAAGAUGGAGAGUUAGUUGCCUCAAAAGUUUUCUACCAAACACAGCCUAGACAAUGUGGAUCGUCAUCAUUGAUCAUCAAAGACCAAUCAAUAAUAUUUGAUCAUACAACAACAAGUACUACCACUACUACUUCGAUGAAUAUGAGAAGUAGUAGUGGAUUCGAAGACGAUGAUGAUGAUCAUGGUCAUAAUCAUAAUCAUUAUCAUCUAGCAAAGAAUUCUACUCUUCAUCAAGUUGGUCAGUAUAAUAAUUAUAGUAUUCCUAAUCCUUUCCUUAAUUAUGAUGAUGAAGGGUCCCAUAAUAGAGAGAGCCCACCACAGCUAAUCCCAAAUUUGGUUGUCCAAGGUGAUGGGUCUUCGUUUAUUCAUCGAUUAACCACAGAUGCAAGCAAAGGAAAGCUGUCUUGAUCAAUAAUACAUAUACAUAUAUAGAUGAAAAAGCUUUAUUUGGUAGGGUAUAUAUAUAUAACUAUGAAUGACAGUCAUGACUUUUUCUGGUUGUUGGUAUUGUUGUUGUGUAACAGUCAAUCGAAUAAAUUAUGGUCAUAUAUUGUAAGAUAUAUAUUUGAAGUUUUGAUGGGAAAAAGAAGAAAGGAUAUAUGAUCAGAAGAAGAAUAUGGGUUGGUGCAUGAUAAUAUGGGCGUACACACCUGACUUUAUUUUAUAGGAGUGUAAAGAUAAGUAGUAGUCUUUUAGGGUUUUUAGUUAUUCAUGAAUAUUAAUCAUAUGUUCAUAUAUAUAUAUAUACAUAUAUAUAUGGUAUACCAUUGUUUAAGCAAUUUUUGACUUAAUAAAUAUGAAAGCAUGUUAUAUAUGGUUGCUA